AUGGCAGAUGAAAUUCCUGUGCUACCCCUUGAGACGGCAUACGAAGUUCCAUGUUAUGAAGGCACAGGCCACAACCAGAGGACUUAUAAACAGUCAGAGCCUGAAAAGUCCUUCAGUUCAUUAAUGCUGUUGCCCUUGCCUCGGAAACGCAUAUCAUACAUGACAGAGACAACAGAGUCCAGGCUGCGAGACAACCUGACAGAGCGACAGAAACAGCACUCCAAUGAAGCUGCGAUCAUCACUAUCCCUGAUGAAAACAAACAGCAAAUUGAGAAUAUAUGUAAAAAAGUUCGCCAGUUCCUAGAUGACAGCGAACAGACAGAGUUGGAGAUCGAUCGCUGCAACGCUUUCGUACGAAGACUGCUUUUCCAGGAACUCGGCUCACGUUUUAAGAAAGAAGCCUAUGUUGAGACAAAGAUAUUGGACAAUAAGGAUAGGGUGCUAAAGGUAUCGAAAUUGACGUCAGAUAACGACGUCAAGAACCGUGAUGCGCAAAAGAAAGAGAAGGAAUGGGAGGACUUUGAGGACGCCGUUGGAUUCUCUAAGGUUGCAAGGAUGAUCAGUCAGUCAGAAAAGCUAGUAGUGGGGCACAACAUGUUAUUGGACGUCCUGCACACGUUGAAUCACUUCUUCCAUCCACUGCCUGCCGAUUACGCCAGCUUCAAAGAAUUUGCGCAUUGCAUGUUCCCUAGACUUCUAGAUACCAAGUACAUGUCAAGUCUGCCGCCGUUCAAGGAUAAAGUGAACUCUAGUGUCCUGCACCACUUAUUGUCUACGUUAUCGGAACCACCAUUCUCACUUCCUAAAGCCGGGUCCCUAGAAGGCCGUGGUUACUGCCAGUCGGACGAGAAACUUCACGAGGCAGGCUACGACGCGUACGUGACGGGCCUGUGCUUCCUCGCGAUGCACGCGCACCUAUCGCGCAUGCGCGGUGACGUCAUCGGGCGCGUAUGCAACUCCGCGGUCGCACUAAAGCCCUUCGUCAACAAGAUCUACUUAUCCAAGACCGCCCAUCAAGACUCGCCCUACAUGAACUUCUCGGGUGCUGACCCAUCACCAUCGCGGGAACACGUCUUCCAUUUGACAUUCCCGAAAGAAUGGCAGCGGAAUGACCUUAAUCAACUGUUCAGCCCGUUUGGUCCUAUAACAGUCCAGUUUCUGGACGACACGUCAGCGCUGGUGGCACUGUCGCGGCGCGAGCAGGCGCGCGACGUGCAGCGUGCGCUCGCGCACAACAGCCGCAUCUCCCUCGUACCGUAUGCGCGGUACAAGCUGCCCGCCAAGGUCAGUCGGAUACACAAGGAAUCCGAAACCUUCAAACACAUUUCACAUUCUCUGCUGAACGCAAACUCACCAGAUGCAACAAGAAUGCGUCUAGUGAAUUCAUCCUCCGCGUCUCGGACCCAGCUGGGACAACGAGUGGAACGGCCGCGCUCCAACAGCAUGUCCUCCUCGCUGCCGCAGCCCACUACGCGCAAGCGGACUUCCUCAGGUGUCUUCCAGGUUGACGAGGCAGAACCGCCGCCGAAGAAAUCCGAGCUGCUCAAGUCUACUUCAGGCGACGAAAAGAAGAAGGAAAUUCUUCGAAAAAAAUCUGACAUCAGUCAAAAUGGUCGACGGAAAGAAGAUCCAGAAAAAGACAAAGAAACGAGUAAAAGUACGGAUCGAAAAAUUGUAGAUAAAAAAGAAAAGGGACUUGAAAAGAAAGAUAAAGAUAAAGGAUUGGACAAAGAUAAAAAGAUUAUUGAUAAAUUUGACAGCAGCGCGAAAUCGGCGUGCGUGUCCGCUUUCAAAGAAAGCGAUAGUUGGGAUUAAGUGUAAUUUAAUAAAUGU